GGUUAUGCACUAGGAGUUAUUCUAGAUUACCUAAUACAUGGUUCUAGCAUAUAAGGUUGCGUAUUUGGGAUUUAUUCUCCAGAGAUAUAUGAUAUUGUCUUGCUGAGGUUUCCUGUCAUUAAAAAAAAAAAAUCAUAAUCUAACCCACAGACUACUGAGUCUUGGGUUACUAAAAGCUCUCUAUAAUCAGUAGUUGGGCCAUGGCUGAUCUUCUGUACUCUUGAUUUUUCCAUGUGAAAUUGAGUUGAAAAGCAGCAACACAAAGAAAUAUGUUGACUAGCCAAUUCUAUUUCAAUUUAUACCUUUCAGCGAUGCUUUUAGUUUAGACUGAGCCCAAGAAGUGACGAAUAACAUUUAAUCAACUCAUUUCCUAAUUGGCGCCAAAACCCAAAUAUGGAUCUCCAAAUAAUUCUCUCUCUCUCUCUCUCUCUCUCUCUCUCUCUCUCUCUCUCUCUCACACACACACACACACACACACACACACACACACACAAAGACGACUUCCUACCAUCAACCGAACACUCUCAAAGCUUCCAAGUUCCUGCCUAACCUCUUAGGAACAUAUGCAAGAACCCAAUUCACUUGACAUGACCAACCAAAAUACCUAACAACCAUGACUCACGAAUCUUUCAUUAUAAGAAGACUCAUUUUACUUGGCAUUCCCAAGUAACUAUUUAUUUAUUAUUACUUGGCUCUUCAAAACUAAACAGAACUUAGUGUUCGACUCUCCUCCCACCCCACCCUUACAUAAGAAAAAAUGUCCUUGGUAGAAGAAGCACCGGGUUACCUUCAAGUCUUCUCUGAUGGAUCUGUGGAACGCUUAGCUCCUGAGAUUGUUCCAGCCUCACUAGAGUCAACUAACGGAUACACGUCUAAAGAUGUGAUUAUUGACUCAUCAAAGCCAGUUACGGGAAGGUUAUUUCUUCCGAGAAUAGCAAGUAGUGGGUCCAUAAAUAAGCUUCCUGUUAUUGUUUACUUUCAUGGUGGUGGCUUUUGCAUUGGCUCCACCACAUGGGCUGGCUACCAUCAUUUCUUGGGAGAUCUGUCCACCGCCUCCCAAUCCAUCGUUCUCUCUGUUGAUUACCGUCUAGCUCCCGAAAAUCGUCUCCCCAUAGCAUAUGAAGAUUGUUAUAGCUCUCUGGAUUGGCUUGCUCGCCAAGUAGGAUCUGAACCAUGGCUCGAGCAGGCUGACCUUUCCCGUAUGUUUCUGUCUGGGGACAGUGCUGGAGGAAACAUUGUGCACCAUGUUGCUAUCAAAUCCAUUCAGAACAACAGCUGUCAUAUUAUAAAGAUUAAGGGAUUAUUGCCAAUACAUCCUUAUUUUGGCAGUGAGCAGAGGACUGAGAAAGAGAAGGCUGAAGGAGCAGCAGAAGAGGUUGCAAGCAAUGACAUGUUUUGGAGACUAAGUAUUCCAGAAGGCUUGAACCGUGAUUAUUAUGGUUGUAAUUUCCAGAAGGCUGAAUUAUCCGCAACUGAAUGGAGCCAAUUUCCUGCUGUUGUGGUAUUCGUGGCUGGUUUGGAUUUCUUGAAGGAAAGGGGAGUAAUGUAUGCAGAAUUUCUGCGGAAGAAAGGGGUUAAAAUGGUAAGGCUGGUGGAGACUGAGGGAGAGUCGCAUGUAUUUCAUGUGUUUUAUCCCGAGUCUGAGGCAACCCGCCUGCUCCAACAACAAAUGAUUGAGUUUAUGAAGAGCUCUUAACCUUCAAACUCGUCUGAAAAGAAUUCUAGUCUUAUUGUAAGUCGGUAAUCGUAAGGACAAUGGUCUUUGGAGUGCUGAAUAAAUCAAAAGGCAAUUUAAGCAAUGCUUGGCAAAAAAAA